AUGGCUGGUCGAGGCAAUUAUGGCUAUCCGUAUAACUAUCCUGGUCAAGGUCCGCCUGGUAAUAACCCCAACGCCCCUCCUGUUUAUAACCCCAAUGCCCCUCCUGGUCAUAACCCCAAUGUACCACCUGGUCAUAACCAAGCUCCUCCUGCUUAUUACCCCAAUGCACCACCUGGAGCUAACCACGGACAGUAUCAGACUCAUCAUUAUCCAGGAAAUACUGGUAACUAUACAGGCUAUGUGCCCCAUGGUUAUCCCGCACCUCCUGGUGGUGGUAAUGUCCAGAGGGCCUAUCAACAAACAGGGAACACUGCAGCCUUCCCUCAUGUUCCUGCCGCUCAAGGUGCGGGUGCCGGUCCUACCCAAGGUGCUACAGGUUGGCAAGGCCCUGCAUUUGACCGAGCUCACGAGACCUCUUCAAGAUUUCAAGGUUUCCCCAGCGGAUUUGGACACCAUCGUCAUGCUAAUUUUCAAAGUAACUCAGUUCUCGAAGGGCUUCCAGCUACCCUCGGUCAGCUUCCUGCUGGUGCAGUUCCUCCAUCUUAUAAUUACGCUCGGAAUGAAGGCCCCUUGCAUUCCCAUGGCUAUAGCCCUCCUUCGCCCGAAGUUUUUAAUUUGCAUCCGCAACCACAACGAGGGCGAACCGCUCAAGUGCCGGUGGUUCCUGGAGUCCCGGUGCCUAUUCAUGGAGGGGGAUUGCGAAGACAUGGUCAGCUGGACAAUACCUCUAGCAAUGGGAGUGGGAGUGGUGACCAUGUAUCCGAUGAAUCUAAGAAAUCUACCGAUGAGAACAAAUACGUUGUCGGCCAUCUAAGUCUUGGGAGUCAUCAUUCAAAUGCAGCAGGCCCCUCUAGUGGACGAAAUAUAACUCCAACAGCCGAUGGAUUUACAAAAUGCUCUGUAUGUGGCCAGGCCUAUGUUGUCAGUGACAGAGAUGCACAUGAUUCUGGUUGUCCUGGGAAUGCUCAAAGUGCCAGAAAGGAGGGUAAUGAUAAUGACACGGCUGGUAAGGACAAGGGAAAGGGCCCAAAGGGGAAAGGGAAAAGCGGCAACACCAGGAAGUGA